CAGCAGCAUGAGGAGGAUGAAAGCGGUAUAUAGGGGCCUAUGGCAGAUUAGGGGCCUGGGCAGCAGCUAUGGGAGGCCCGUAAUCUGCCAGCACCCUAUGUCAAAAAAUUCUACACACAGCAGUGUGUGUGAGAGAGGAGACCUGAAAGUGGCACAUGGCAGCAGUGGAGGCCGUACAGCGAUGACCCAUGAGAGAGACCAUGGGGAGCAUGGAGCGGUAUAUGGGCCCAUGGCAAGCCUGGGCACCCAGGACAGUGUCAGAGACCUGAAAGUGGCACAUGGCAGAGUGUGGCGAUGGAGACAGCAGCAAUGGGAGGCCGUACAGGGACCCAUGAGAGACUCUGGACCUGGCAGCAGCAUG